AAAUCCGUUUAUUUGUGGCACCAUUCAACAACAACAGUGUCAUGUCUGGACGGCGUGAUGUUUGUCGCACAGUGUGAUGUUCGAGCAGUUCUUACAGACAGAGCACUGUGUGAGGAGCGGAGUUGGAGCGCUCACAGGGAACUCGAGUCGCUGAUAGACAGAGGAUGUUGUUGCUAUGCACGCCGGCGAGCUGCGCACUCACACCAGUGGACAUUUAAAGGGAAAUAACAACGCUCUCUCUGUACACAGCCAAGUUUUUUUUGCGUGGUUUUUCCAAGAAUUCGCUAAACUAUCCCCUGUAUGCGUGCGUGUGAAGGGUAUUCGGGCUUUCUGUGGAUUUAAAAGCAGCGUACAUCAAGCCAGACGACAGGAACAAUAGGGUUUUUUGGGUCUAUUUUUUCCGGAGGAGGUUCUGUGGCCUAUCUUUCUACUAUAGCCAAACCCUGUCGCCAUCUUGAAUUUUAAUGUAAAUUAUCUUGCAGGGUUUUUUUGAGGUUUGCUAUAUGGAAGAUUUUAGGUGAUAUCCCGCUCAUUUUGGCCUCUUAUAACGGGUAUGGCUUAACCCGAGGAAAAAAGGAUAGAGUGCAAGCUGGAUUGAAAAUUGCACACUACAGCAUAUAUUCUGAUUGCCCAGAGAGCAAGGGCGAAAAAGCUACUUGCAUGUUGCUUAUGAUUUCUCACAAGUACAUAGAAGCUAAAUGAGCCUUCAGCAGAAAGCCUGCUGGUAUGAAGUAGAUGGGAGAAUCCAAGAACAUGGUGCUGAAUGGAAGGAGACAUGGCAGUAGGUUCUCCAGCAAUCAGCCCAAUGGGAAGACCAGGCUGCAGAAUAGCCAGAGGGCCCACCUGCGCCAGAGCAAAAGCUCCCCUAGUGGCAGGAGAUGCAGCAGGCGUGUCAGUGGUGCAGCUCCAGAGCCAGAGAGGCGCCAUGUGCCCUCAUCAGGGAUGACUGCUAAAGAGCUGUGUGAAUAUGACGACUUAUCCACCAGCCUGAUUCUGGACUCUUACUUGGGUUUUCAGACUCACAAGAUGAAUAUGAGGUUUCGCCCAAUGAAGGGUCGACAAUCGGAGCUUAGACAAGUGAUCGAAAGCUUUAAGAAGAACGACAACAUGGAAAAAGCUUUCCAGGCUUUGACGUCUUCAGACUGGAGAAGGCAUAAUUUUCUCAAUAAAACAAAGGCCCAGGAAAAGCUGUUUAAAGCACAUGUCUUCGUUUACUUGCGCAUGUUUGCAACAGACAGUGGGUUUGAAAUUCUUCCAUGCAGUCGCUAUUCCUCUGAGCAAAAUGGAGCCAAAAUUGUAGCAACAAAAGUUUGGAAAAGGAAUGAUGAAAUUGAACACCUUGUGGGUUGCAUUGCUGAGCUGUCUGCUAAUGAAGAGAAGAUGUUGUUACGCCAUGGAGAGAAUGACUUCAGUGUCAUGUACUCUACGCGCAAGAACUGUGCUCAGCUUUGGCUGGGACCUGCUGCUUUUAUUAAUCAUGAUUGCCGGCCAAAUUGCAAGUUUGUGUCCACAGGUCGGGACACUGCAUGCGUCAAGGUCCUGCGAGACAUUGAACCAGGGGAAGAGAUCUCAUGUUACUAUGGAGAUGGCUUCUUUGGAGAAAACAACGAAUUCUGUGAAUGCUAUACAUGUGAAAGGCGUGGCACUGGUGCUUUUAAGUCAAAAGCAGGACCGCCUGCUGAGGUCACAGUGAUCAAUAGCAAGUAUGGCCUGAGGGAGACUGAUAAGAGGCUUAAUAGACUAAAGAAGCUGGAAGAGGGCAGUAAGAAAUCAGACAGCCAGUCUGUUGCCUCUACUGAAGCAGAGUCUCAGGAACCACCCAGUGGACUGACAUCAUUACGGAAGAGGAUGUCGCAACCCUGUCUCAAAGCGCACUGCAAAGGCAGAGCUGUGACGAGACAAACUCGGCCAAGCACUCCUACCUCUACCUCACCCCAUAAACGAAGUCAAACAAUAAAUUCAAGUUUACCAAAGAGACUUCGGUCAAAACCCACACAGCCUUUGUCUAAAGGAAGGAGACGGCCUCAAACAGCAGGACUAAAAUCGUCCACCAGGGCAAAUGUAGGGGCCUCAGGCCUCAAGCAGCCUUGCAAAAGAGAGGCAGACAGUCGAGGAGUCUCUCAGUUCCCUGGCUGCAGGGGUGGCAUUAAGCCUGCUGCAAAUCAUGAAAACAAUCAGAACUCCCUCAAGGGUGCUUCAGCUUGCAAGGGCAAUGUGUCUUGCCCAUAUAGAACUCGCAGGUCCAGCAGGACCUCUCUUGGUGCUCAUGAGUGUGAUGGAGGCAAGCGUGCCCCAAAGCCAAGCAGCACAAACAAAGUUGCGGGUAACACGGCCCUCAAAGUGGAGCCUGACCAUUUUGUUCCCACAAUGCCUGGCCAUCAGAUUAACAUCUCCAACCUAGAGGCCAGUUGUCCCAAAAAAGGGACAUGUCCAAGACGGAGGAGGACAAUAAAACAGGAGGAAACGGGCACCUACAUAGACGAUCUUUAUCAGGAGGGUGUGCCUGACCUGCGACAUGCAGCACGUGCUGCUGAUGUGGCAGACUGUGCCAAGAUGCCACUUGAGAUACCAGAACGGCAUUACGAAGGCUUGGCCGAGAGUUCCAAGGUAUCACGGCGCAUGAAAGGCAGCAAGAAAAAGCGGCGUAUCACACGCUAUGAUGCACAACUUAUCUUAGAGAACAACACAGGCAUCCCCAAGCUAACACUGCGGCGGCGACAUGACAGCAACAGCAGCAAAAAGAAAGAGCAUCGAGAUACCAAAGCUGUGCGAGGCUCAUCAAAGAUCAGCAUCAAGUUCAGCAAAGAGCGGGAAAAUGAGCAUGCUGGCCUGUAUGUGGCCAAGUUGAACAACGGCUUUGGUCAUGGACCUCAUGGUAGCUCCACCAAGCUAAAGAUUCAGCUAAAGCGUGAAGAGGAUGUGACCUUUACAGGUUUAGUCAAAAGGGAGGAGGGUGAAGUUCUGGAGAGAGAGGUGGGAGUUCAGAUGGGUCGGAACCUCAAAGAGGACUCGCUGACUUCGGAAGAUGAAGAGGAGGACUACUUUGACAAUGAGGAUGACUUUAUCCCUCUUCCACCAGCGAAACGUUUGCGGCUCAUUGUGGGCAAAGAUUCCAUAGAUAUUGACAUCUCCUCAAGAAGGAGAGAGGACCAGUCACUCAGACUCAAUGCCUAAGCUAUGUAAAUAACCCUCAAUCCUACCAAUUAUGUGUUCAUUUUGAAUAAAUUAAUUUAAAUGUGGAAUAAGAAUGGCGAAUGUACAGUGAAAUCAACACAAGAUAUCUUUCUCUACAUUUUAAUGGUGGCACUUCUUUAUUGUUUAUUCUUCAUAAAUAUAUAAAUAUUGUAGAAACUGUA